UCAGCCUGUCACCUGUGUUCCAAGAGCCGAACCCAGAAAUGACGUCCUCAGGCAUGCCAGAAUUACCUACCCCCCUCACCAAUUUGAAGUUUCAAUAUACCAAGAUCUUCAUAAACAAUGAAUGGCACAGUUCAGUGAGUGGCAAAAAAUUCCCUGUUUUAAACCCUGCAACUGAAGAGAAACUCUGUGAUGUCGAAGAAGGAGAUAAGGAAGAUGUUGAGAAGGCAGUGAAGGCUGCAAGGCAGGCUUUUCAGAUUGGCUCUCCAUGGCGCACUAUGGAUGCUUCGGAAAGAGGACGGCUGCUGUACAAAUUGGCUGAUCUGAUUGAAAGAGAUCGUCUGUUGCUGGCAACAAUGGAGUCAAUGAAUGGUGGAAAACUAUUUGCUAAUGCAUAUUUGAUGGAUUUAGGAGGUUGCAUAAAAACACUUCGUUAUUGUGCAGGAUGGGCUGACAAGAUUCAAGGCCGCACAAUACCUAUUGAUGGAGAUUUUUUCACUUACACAAGACAUGAGCCUAUUGGUGUGUGUGGUCAGAUCAUUCCUUGGAAUUUCCCAUUGGUUAUGCUCAUUUGGAAGUUAGGGCCUGCCCUUAGCUGUGGGAACACAGUAGUUGUAAAACCAGCAGAGCAAACUCCUCUCACAGCUCUUCAUGUGGCUGCUCUUAUAAAAGAGGCAGGAUUUCCUCCUGGAGUUGUGAAUAUUGUGCCUGGUUAUGGGCCGACAGCAGGAGCAGCUAUUUCUUCUCACAUGGAUGUUGACAAAGUGGCCUUCACAGGUUCCACAGAGGUUGGCAAAAUGAUCAAAGAAGCUGCUGGGAAAAGCAAUCUGAAAAGGGUGACCCUGGAGCUGGGAGGGAAAAGCCCUUGCAUUGUGUUUGCUGAUGCUGACUUGGACAAUGCCGUUGAAUUUGCACACCUUGGGUUAUUCUAUCACCAGGGUCAAUGUUGCAUAGCUGCAUCACGACUUUUCGUGGAGGAGUCAAUUUAUGAUGAGUUUGUUCGAAGGAGUGUUGAGCGUGCGAAAAAGUAUGUUCUUGGAAAUCCUCUGGCUCCUGGAAUCAGUCAAGGACCUCAGAUUGAUAAGGAACAAUAUGAAAAAAUACUUUCCCUCAUUGAGAGUGGGAAAAAAGAAGGAGCAAAGCUGGAAUGUGGAGGAGGUCCAUGGGGAAAUAAAGGCUACUUUAUUCAGCCCACAGUUUUCUCCAAUGUUUCAGAUGAGAUGCGCAUUGCCAAAGAGGAGAUAUUUGGACCAGUGCAGCAAAUCAUGAAGUUUAAAUCUUUAGAUGAUGUGAUCAAGAGAGCAAACAAUACUCUAUAUGGAUUAUCGGCAGGCAUCUUUACCAAAGAUCUUAAUAAAGCCAUAACAGUGUCAUCUGCUCUGCAGUCUGGGACAGUAUGGGUGAAUUGCUAUAGUGUCAUAUCUGCCCAGUGCCCCUUCGGUGGAUUCAAGAUGUCUGGAAAUGGGCGAGAACUGGGAGAAUAUGGUUUCCAUGAAUACACAGAGGUCAAGACUGUCACAAUGAAAAUUUCUCAAAAGAAUUCAUAAAGAAACUACAGGAGUGGAAUAAAGAUCAAUAGUGACUAAACAACUCCUACUGUUGCUAAUACAGUCAAUUUUAAAAAUACAGUUGUUCUUGAUUUCAUAGAAGAUAAAUAAAUCAUAUAAGAAUUACUUCUAUACCUAGAAAAAGUUGUAUGUGGCUUAUUCUUAAAGAAUAAUUUUUCUUCUGAUAUGUGAACCAAAGUCAUAUCUGUAAUAAAAAGAAUUAGAUUUCAAAGCAAGAUAUUUCUAGAUCUGUAAUAAUUUAGGGUUGUUUUUUCUUCUUUUUUUGUAGCUACUUGUCUAAGAUAAUCACUUUAUAGAAGGGGACCAAAUUUUUUUGCUUGUUUCCUUUUAUGAUACCUUGAAGUAUUUAACAUACAUGUUAAUUGCAUGACAUAUGUGCUGUAUUCCUGAUAGUUGUGAAGUCAUCGGAGUCUAUUGAGAACUUGUCUAGAAUGUCUGUCUGCUUGUCAAAUGAAACAAUGCCUGAAAUACUUUGCUGUCAUCUAAACAUAAUGCUAAUAAAAUCAAUUUUGCAUGA